UCGAUGCUCCGCCCCCGCCCCACAGCCAACCUCCCGGGCACCGUUGCCCGCCCGGGGCCCGCCACCGGCCCAGGCCCCGCCUCGCGAGUCCUCCUCCCCGGGUGCCUGCCCGCAGCCCGCCCGGCCCAGAGAGGGUGGGCGCGGGGCUGCCUCUACCGACUGGCGGCGGUAACUCAGCGACCUUGGCCCGAAGGCUCUAGCAAGGACCCACCGACCCCAGCCGCGGCGGCGGCGGCGCGGACUUUGCCCGGUGUGUGGGGCGGAGCGGACUGCGUGUCCGCGGACGGGCAGCGAAGAUGUUAGCCUUCGCCGCCAGGACCGUGGACCGAUCCCAGGGCUGUGGUGUAACCUCAGCGGCCAGGCAGUCUCUGUCCUCCAGCCAAGUUUUCCCUCAUCAAAAAGAUCUUCGCAGAUUCUGACAGCCCAGGCAAGUGGCUGCCUCUGGCUAGGUUCUGCUCACCCACUUUGUAGCACAGUUAGGCUUAGAGAUCCAGCCAAGGCACACAGACAGGGCCCGGAACCUCAGUCCUGCCAUGGAGGAGGACGGGCAGCAGAGAGAGAAGGUGAAGCCUCUGGGCUUCCUGAAGCCCUCCUCCUUGAUGAAGGCUUCCGGCCGCUUCAAGGCACACCAGGAUGCACUGCCACGGCUGCCCGUGCCCCCUCUCCAGCAGUCCCUGGACCACUACCUGAAGGCGCUGCAGCCCAUCGUGAGUGAGGAGGAGUGGGCCCACACCAAGCAGCUGGUGGAUGAGUUUCAGGCCUCAGGCGGCGUAGGAGAGCGCCUGCAGAAGGGGCUGGAGCGUCGGGCCAGGAAGACGGAGAACUGGCUGUCUGAGUGGUGGCUCAAGACCGCCUACCUCCAGUACCGCCAGCCUGUGGUCAUCUGCUCGAGCCCAGGUGUGAUGCUGCCUAAGCAGGACUUCGUGGACCUGCAGGGUCAGCUCCGAUUUGCUGCCAAACUCAUUGAGGGUGUGUUGGAUUUCAAGAUCAUGAUUGACAACGAGACCCUGCCCGUGGAGUACCUGGGGGGGAAGCCACUGUGCAUGAACCAGUACUAUCAGAUCCUGUCCUCCUGCCGAGUGCCGGGCCCCAAGCAGGACACGGUCAGCAACUUCAGCAAGACCAAGAAGCCUCCCACGCACAUCACCGUGGUACACAACUACCAGUUUUUUGAGCUGGAUGUGUACCACAGUGACGGGACACCCCUCACUGCGGAUCAGAUCUUUGUGCAGCUGGAGAAGAUCUGGAACUCAUCCCUACAGACCAACAAGGAGCCUGUGGGCAUCCUCACCUCCAACCACCGCAACUCCUGGGCCAAGGCAUACAACACCCUCAUCAAAGACAAGGUGAACCGGGAUUCCGUGCGCUCCAUCCAGAAGAGCAUCUUCACCGUGUGCCUAGAUGCACCCAUGCCCAGGGUCUCAGAAGACGUGUACCGCAGCCACGUGGCAGGCCAGAUGCUGCACGGGGGUGGCAGCAGGCUCAACAGCGGCAACCGCUGGUUCGACAAGACGCUGCAGUUCAUCGUGGCAGAAGAUGGCUCCUGUGGGCUUGUGUACGAGCAUGCUGCAGCGGAGGGGCCCCCUAUUGUCACCCUUCUGGACUAUGUCAUCGAGUACACGAAGAAACCCGAGCUUGUGCGGUCUCCCAUGGUGCCCCUGCCCAUGCCCAAGAAGCUGCGGUUCAACAUCACCCCCGAGAUCAAGAGCGACAUCGAGAAGGCCAAGCAGAACCUCAGCAUCAUGAUCCAGGACCUGGACAUCACCGUGAUGGUGUUCCACCAUUUUGGAAAAGACUUCCCCAAGUCGGAGAAGCUAAGCCCAGAUGCCUUCAUCCAGAUGGCUUUGCAGCUGGCCUACUACCGGAUCUACGGGCAGGCAUGUGCCACCUAUGAAAGUGCCUCCCUGCGCAUGUUUCACCUGGGCCGCACCGACACCAUCCGCUCGGCUUCCGUGGACUCACUCGCCUUUGUCAAGGCCAUGGAUGACUCCAGCGUCACGGAGCACCAGAAGGUGGAGCUGCUGCGGAAGGCCGUGCAGGCCCACCGAGGCUACACCGACCGGGCCAUCCGCGGGGAGGCCUUUGAUCGACACCUGCUGGGCCUGAAGCUGCAGGCCAUCGAGGACCUGGUGAGCAUGCCCGACAUCUUCAUGGACACCUCCUAUGCCAUCGCCAUGCACUUCCACCUCUCCACCAGCCAGGUCCCUGCCAAGACAGACUGCGUCAUGUUCUUCGGGCCCGUGGUCCCUGACGGCUACGGUGUCUGCUAUAACCCCAUGGAGGCCCACAUCAACUUCUCCCUGUCAGCCUACAACAGCUGCGCAGAGACCAACGCCGCCCGCCUGGCGCAUUACCUGGAGAAGGCGCUUCUGGACAUGCGUGCCCUGCUGCAGAGCCACCCCCGGGCCAAGCUCUGAGCCCCUAGGACUCAGGCCUGCCAGUGCCACAGCCAAGCCCACCCUGGGAUGGGCCACCCACCAGGGCUCAGCUCCUUGCUUCCCCCUUCCCUGGUUCCCUCUUCCCUGGUCCCCCCAAAUCUACUGAGUCACGGACCGCAUCCUCCAGGGGGCCUGCAGGCCCCAGCCAAGUGCCUUCCGUGGGUCAUCCCAGCACCUGCCAGGGCCCGACCUGGGGCUGAGUGCAGAGGCUGAGCAGGACGUUAGGCCCGGGCCCCUGGCACGUCCUCCACCGGUGCCUCCUCUGGGGAAGGGAACCAGCCCUCCAGAGCAGGAGACUGGCAAGAGCUCUUUGUCUCACCAGCUCAGCCCCAGCCACUCCCUGCCAUCUCCAUGACCAGGCCAGCAUCUGUACCCUGCUUCCCAAACUCCCAGGACCUGGAGACAGGAUUGUCUGGGGCCGAGGGGCCAGGGUGUGAGGUUUGACCUCCGUGGCGGCUGUGUUCCUGUGGAUAGCAUUGCUAGCGAGCCGCCUCUGGUUCCACUCAGCUUGGUUCCUGCCCCUGCCCUGCUGUAUGAUAGUAACGUGCAAGGCCGUCAAUAAAGGGGAAUUGUGUUGGUGAA